AUGGGUAUAUUCCCUGGAUUUGGUGUCUGGAUCAAUCAGAAUACUCAACAGCCCCUUAAGGCCGAAUCCUUGGAAAUAGACCAUGUUAAAUCUAUGCCACUGAGUGCUACCGAUCCUAAGUACUAUGACUUCGAUGAACUGGCGAGGCAAGACGAACUUUGGAAUUAUGAAAAUAAAAAACAUCCAUGGAAAGAUGCACCUGCUAAGGUGAAGGUGAAAACAAAAAAGGGUAUUUGCCAUUUAAACAUAGAUUUCAUAUUGGGAUCUCCUCCUCAAGCAGUCUUCGAGAUGUUCACUGAUCCAAGAAACAUAGGAUUUUUUCGUUCAAUGGGCAAGUACAAGAAACAUUUUCGCACACGUUUGGACACGACAGCAACAAAGAUUUUAAACAAGGAUGGACCAAGGCAGAUCACGGAAGUGGAAAAAGUUUUGAGAUGGAAGAUACUUGGGUAUAAUGGGGCAAUCCCAAUACAUUUAAUCAUCGAUGAAAACCAUCAAAAAGUUACAGGUAGCUGGAAAAUACAGCCACUGUUCGUAGAUCAGGAACGGUUGUGCAAGUCUAGGUCGCGUAUUAGUGAAGAAAAGUACAAAAAAUGUAGCGGCGGUAAAGGAAGGAUUGGGUCAAAGCUGACAAUGGAGCAUAUAUUUCAACCCUCUCCUCUUCUUAAUGUGCCACCGGUUUCUUGGUUCAUCCGUGGUAUCACCGUCAAAGUCACCAAGACUUUGCUCCGAGAUCUUAGAGAACAUGUAAAAGGGAUGAACAACAUGAAGACGGUAGACCCGGAGGUGUAUGCUAAAGUAAUAGAAGAAGCCGAAUCCUUGGAAAUAGACCAUGUUAGAUCUAUGCCACUGAGUGCUACCGAUCCUAAGUACUAUGACUUCGAUGAACUGGCGAGGCAAAGCAAACUUUGGAAUUCUGAAAAUAAAAAACAUCCAUGGAAAGAUGCACCUGCUAAGGUGAAGGUGAAAACAAAAAAGGGUAUUUGCCAUUUAAACAUGGAUUUCAUAUUGGGAUCUCCUCCUCAAGCAGUCUUCGAGAUGUUCACUAAUCCAAGAAGCAUAGGAUAUUUUCAAUUAAUGGGCAAGUACAACCGCCAUUUUCGCACACGUUUGGACACGAGAGCAACAAAGGUUUUAAAGAAGGAUGGACCAAGGCAGAUCACGGAAGUGGAAAAAGUUCUGAGAUGGAAGAUACUUGGGUAUAAUGGGGCAAUCCCAAUACAUUUAAUCAUCGAUGAAAACCAUCAAAAAGUUACCGCAACAUAUAAGAAAGUGAAAGUGAAGCACAUGAAAGUGUUUGAGGGUAGCUGGAAAAUACAGCCACUGUUCGUAGAUCAGGAACGGUUGUGCAAGUCUAGGUCGCGGAUUAGUGAAGAAAAGUACAAAAAAUGUAGCGGCGGUAAAGGAAGGAUUGGGUCAAAGGUGACAAUGGAGCAUAUAUUUCAACCCUCUCCUCUUCUUAAUGUGCCACCGGUUUCUUGGUUCAUCCGUGGUAUCACCGUCAAAGUCACCAAGACUUUGCUCCGAGAUCUUAGAGAACAUGUAAAAGGGAUGAACAACAUGAAGACGGUAGACCCGGAGGUGUAUGCUAAAGUAAUAGAAGAAGUUAAGCAAAAAGAAAAACAAGAAAAACUAGACGAACAGAAUCAGUGA